AUGGGGUGUUUAAUCUUAAGACUAAUAAAAGAACUAGCAAAUAAAUUUAAAAACAUACAACCAUUCUCAAAAAUAUCUGGUGUUGAUAAAGGUGAUAAAAAAGAAUUUCAACAAUUUAUAGUAUUUAAGUUAUAUGAUAAAGAAGAACCAGAAAUUAUAAGUAGAACAUCAUUUAAACCAUUUAAUGAAUUGUAUAAAGAAGUGAAUAACCAAACAGAUAUAGAAACUUCCAAACAAGAUGAUUUAAAAGAACGUAUGAGACAAAUGGAAUUAGAUAUAAAUUCAAGAAUUCAAAAAAUGAAAGAAGAAUUAAUUAAAGAUAAACAAAAUAAAAUUACAGAAGAAGAUAUUAAAAAAGAAUCUAUUUUAUAUAAAAAUGGUAUGUUAAUGAAAAUAUUUAAAGAAAAUAAUAAAAUUAAUGUUAAUUAUAAAAUUGAUCCAAAUGAUUCAAUAUUACUCUGUUUAUGUCAAGAAAGGAAUUUACAAGAAAUAGAUAACUUAAUGAAUACUAAUGAAUUUAAAAGAGUAUUUAGUUGGAAACGUGGUGAAGGACCAUUAAGUAUAAGUUCAUUAGAUCUUCAAUAUCCUAAAGUAAGUAUUUUUAUUGAAACAGUUGAUAAGAGUAUUUUCGGAUUUUGUGCAUUAUAUCAAGAAGGGAAAUAUACUAAAGGAUGGUUUGUCUCAUUAGAAAAUCCACAAUCAAUUAGUCCAUUAUCAUAUGAAAAAAAUAACCCAAAUAAUAUUUUUAUUAUUCCAUCAAGUUCAUGUUAUGGAAUAGUUCUUGUAGGUGGAAGUUUAACAAUACUAACAACAUACAUUAACAUUUCUCAUCAUUUUAAGAAGAGUUUUAAUAUACCAUUUGAACUCGAAUUUUUUAUGAAUCUAAGUAAUAAAUCAGUAAUUGAACAUAAUGCAAUACAAAUAUAUUCAUGGAAAUAA